GUGUGUGUGUGUUUGUUCUGUGCUACAUCACAAUAAAUUUACAAUAUUUACAACUGCCCAGUGAGAAAAUAAUAAACCUAAGUAAUAACUAUUUAAAGUAAUCACUAAUCAGUAAUCAUUAGUCAUAAUUCGUAGUUCGUACGUGAAACGUAAUAAAAUAUGUAACAGCGUUAAAUAUCUCUUGUAGGUAUAGUUGAAACGUUAUUAAACUAUACAUUGGAAAGAUGGAAGGAAAAAAACAAAUUGAUUUAAAAAAAGAAUUUGGUCAUUAUGCUACCAAAUAUAAAAGUUUAAACCCGUUCAAUGAAAUAGACUCAAAAAAACUUCUCAAAGAAAGAUAUAAACAAAACUUAGAUGAUUCCAAACCAUUGGAAGACGAAGAACCAACUAAAACUGUUACUGUGGACUUAUUCAAACAAAUUCCAUUGCUAGAGGACAUAGAUUUGACCAAAUCAGACCCUUUGUGCAAUAUGCCAAAACUUUCUGAAAAAGAAGCUGUACGUAGAGUGAGGAAUAAAUUUAUACGGCUACAAUUGUUAUAUGCACAAGAAUACAGAUAUUUAUUAUUUAAAUAUCGAGUAAAACGUCGUGAAUACUUAAUAAAUAAAAAAUGUGAUUCUGAAUCAUAUGGACAACUAAAUAAAUCAAAAUGGACAAAUGAUGAAGAAUAUGCAAAAUUCCGUAAGCUAAAACUAUUGCAACAUUAUCAAAAAAUGACAAUAGGACAAGAGGCUGUAGUAUUUAAAACAGCAAUGGAUAGAAAAAUAAGAGCCACUUCAUUACUAAACAAUAAAGGAAAAUCACAUCUUCCACAUUGUACAUAUGUAGAAAUGGGUAUAAAAUGCACGGGAAAAAUGAUACCAAAAAGUAAGUAUUGCAGGAAACAUAUCCUCAAAGAUCCGAAGCAAAUUUUAUUCAGAGCUUGCAAUGUUCUUCAAAGUGAUAACCAGUGCCAAGAGCCAAUUGUUAAUUUUGAUACCAAAUCUACAUGCGUUUUGCAUGAAAAAUUGCCAAUGCUUCGAGAUUAAAUAUUUAUCUAUAGAUAUACUUCAGAGUAUAUUAUUAUUUAAUGUACUACAAUUAAGGUCACCAGCUGAAUAAAUUUUUCAGUUAAUUGAGUACUCUCGUUUAAAUUUAAACAAUUCUUAAUACCAUAUCUAAAAUAAGUUUUAUAUAAUUAAUUAAUUCAUGAUUACUUAGUUAUAUAAUAUAAACUAUGCUGUUAAGUAUUAGAUAAUAUUAUAUAAUAUGUGUCUUAGUGUAUGGAAAUUUGUGUGUAAUAAAUAUAAUUUGCUAUUGAAUUAAAUGAAACAAUAUUCGAUA